AUGUAUAGUGAUUUCGACGGAUUUCAAGUUGUUAGUGGCAAAGCACCAGCAAUAGAUGAAAACUGGCCUCCUGCAAACGAUGCAACUUCAAUAGGUUCUAUUACUCAGACUAUCAGCGAACAAUCGAUGCCGAAGGAUUUUAGGUUAGAUAAAUUUCAAAAUGUAGAAGAUGAACAAGUGCAACUUAAUCGAUCUCUACUAGCCUUAACAACACACUUCGCUCAGGUUCAAUUUCGCCUUAGACAAAUAGUCGAAGCUGACCAAGAAGAGAAAGAGGUACUUCUACGCGAGCUUGAACGAUUCGCCUUUCAAGGAAUACCCGAACUCAACGGUUCUAAUCCCACAGCUGUAGUAGAGGAAAUGAGCCAUCGUGAAUACGAGCAGAAAUUAGAUCGCCAAAAAGAUAGUCAGCAAAAACUAAUCACGCACUUGAAACUUCAGUUAGAAGACUUGGAGCGUUACGCUGCUCAGGAAAGUGCUAGAUCCACCGUAAGUAGACCCAAUUACGAUCUACAUGAUAAACAACGUGUUAUCAUUGAUGAGUUAAGAGCUGAAGAUUUAAAAUCAAAAAUCGAUUUUGCUGUUAAGCAGGAACAGUUAGUCAAGCAGCUGACCACGCAAGUUAUUGAUCUAGAGCGCUACAUAUCCUACCUACAAGGUGACACAAAUAGUCCAGGUCCUUAUGGAAGAUUUACUCGGAUGGGCAUGCCAUAUCCAUCCCAGCAAUCUGUAUCGAGUCCUCCGCGCGCUUCAAGCAGAAAAUCAGUUGUUAGCAAUGAUGAGUUCUCGUAUGACACAAAUGAUGAUUUGAGUUACUAUGCAGAUUCCAUUUCAUCCAUAGAUGCGAAAAGACAACUUCAGGCUUCUACGGCCAAUGUAAAAGAACCUGAAAUGACUUUUGUUAGAAGAAUGUUGAAAAUAUUAGAUAUUUUUGGAGGAGGAUCGGAUGACCUCCGUAUUGGUGUAAAACCGCUAGUACCCACCAAAAUAGAUACUAGAUAUACCAUUUCCAAACUGGAUGAAGCCGUGGAUAGAAUUAUCGCUGUUAAAUGCCAAAUGGUUGAAAGAGGAGAACUUCAAAAAUCUUUAGAUUUGAUUACAUCAAAUUCCCCCAAUGAAUUAUUUAAAAUUAUUUCAAGGCAUUUUACAAAUAAUUUUACGUUGUUGCUACAACACGGCUUAUGUGAGACAACCGAAACUAGUCUCCUAGCUCCUAUGUCUUGUUUCGCUUUCAUGAAAUCAAAUAACGAGGAUACUAGUAAUGCGAUGCACCCAUGGCAAUUAUUUGUUAGAUUCUACAAUAGUAGGCACGGUAGUAACUAUAAUGAGAAUCCAGCUAGAAGAUUAUCGCAUUCUUUCGGAAAUGAUGCUGUAGGAAUAAAAUCUAAUUCUGUAAAGCAGACUUUUCUUGCGACCGUGUACGAUAUUAUAUCAUCUCCAGAAGUACGUUAUAAGACAGAUGACUUUAAGUUGCGUGCCCUUAUAUUUGCAGGUUUACACUCUCAAAAACUAACUCAAUGGUGUAAACUGAUUAGUAGCUCUCGUAAUUUAAUGGAAGCUCAUUAUCAAAGUUGGGCUUAUGUAGCUAAUGGUGGAUUUUCAGAAAUUAUCGAUGUAAUUGAAAAGCUGUCUCCUUUAAAAUUCGAUCUUCCAGUUACAUUAACCGUGCAUGAAAAGAAUGAUAUCUUUUACUCAUAG